AUGGAGGCAGAUUGGGACGAGUUGGCGCGCAUUCCCAUGCCGCCACCCAGUCCACAUGCUAUGCCUACGAUCGCGACAGCAGUCGCGUUUGACGAUGUUAUGGAACUUCUUUGGACCGGAAAUGAAUACGGUCGAAUUUCCUCAUUUUGCGGGCCUGAAUUAGGCCGAUACACCUCCGUACGAGCACACCCGGCCGCCGAAGGACCGGUGCGGCAGAUACUGUUCCACGAGCGAGGUGUGAUAUCGCUCUCUCCCAAGAGCGUACAUAUGAUUACUCGACGCGGCCUGACACAAUGGCAUUUGAAUCACGAGGAAAUGGUGGACCUCCGCUGCAUGAGCUUUACGGCCCAACUUAACCGAAUCCUUGUGGCCGGUUGUCAAAAUGUGAUGUUUACCGUGGAUAUCGACAAGGGUACGAUUGUGGAGAAAUUGCCCACCGAACACAGCUAUACGCUUAUGAAGAAGAGUCGAUACUUGUGCGCUGCGACCGACACGGGCUCCGUAAAUGCACUCAGCCUGGCGGACUUCAGUGUUGUGAAGUCAUGGAAAGCACAUGGAACGGCCGUCAAUGACAUGGAUGCACGCAAUGACUUACUAGUUACCUCGAACGUUUAUGACCUGAAAACAUUGUCGCCAUUGCCUCCCAUCCCAUUCCACGCUGGGGCGGCCUAUGUCCGUAUGCAUCCUAAACUCCACACGACAAGUUUCGUGGCUUCGCAAACCGGCCAACUGCAAGUUGUCGAUCUCAUGAACCCCAACGCAAUCAAUCUACGACAGGCCAAUGUAUCGCUUAUGCUUGGUCUUGACAUUUCCCCAUCAGGAGAGGCUUUAGCAGUCAACGACGCCGAAUGCUCCAUACAUUUAUGGGGAUCUCCUACUAAGAUUCAUUUCAACGAAUUGAGCAAAGAAUUGGAAUUUGCCGAUGUUCCUAGCCGACCACCACCGAUUGACUGGUCCCCUGAUACCCCUCUGAGCAUGGUCGGAAUGCCCUAUUACCACGAGCGCCUCCACUCGGCCUGGCCUAGCCAUCUCAUCUUUGAGGUUGGCAGUCCGCCCGCUCAACUAGAUCAGUCCCUCCUGCCGUAUCUGCGCCCCUCCGAAGUUGGACAUCAUGCCCCGAACCCUAGGAAGAAUCGACGAAAUCAAGUAGAGAACACACGCGCAUUGGCCAACGCGGAGCCUGCUCUUAUUGCUCCCAAGUUCCUGAGUGAAAAGGCUCGGGAUCACAGCAAGUCGAAACUGGAAAGCUCAGUCAUCGAUGCUGCUGAGGCUCUUGCAGGCGCAAAUAUCAACGGCGAAAGUGAUGACGAUCCUCUCCUCAAGUACAGCAACGUCGAGAUCAAGUAUAGUCGCUUUGGCGUUGACGACUUUGACUUCCGGUAUGUGGUUAUUCUUCUCAUGACUACCUUUCUUCGGAUCUCGAUCCGUGAAUAUCUUGAUAUGUUUGCUGACAUCGCCUACAGAUUUUACAAUAAGACGACAUUUUCUGGUCUCGAGACUCACAUCGCAAACUCAUUCACAAAUUCUCUCCUCCAACUCUUCAAAUUCAUUCCACUAUUCCGAAAUCUCUCCCUCACUCACGCUGCCGGCUCUUGCAUCUUCGAACACUGCCUACUUUGUGAACUGGGAUAUCUAUUUGACAUGUUAGAAAAAGCAAACGGACAGAAUUGCCAAGCAACCAACCUCUUGAAAACAUUCAGCAGCUUCCGAGAGGCUUCAAACCUAGGUCUCCUUGAAGAGAAUCUGACCAAUAAAUCUCUGUCGACUGCCAUCCAAGCCGUGAAUCGCUUUUUUCUGACCCAGAUAGCACAUGACUUCCGCAUGGUUCAACCAAGUUCCGAAGAAUUGGAUCUCCGCCUUUCUACUGUUGCAUCUGAAACGAUCCGCUGCAUGUUCUGUCAGCAGGAGACCGUUCGACCUGGCAAUUCCCUUGCGAAUGAGCUCUUGUAUCCCAACAUGGACCCCAAGAAUGCGAGAAGAAACCCUGCAUAUCGGUUCUCCAGUAUUUUGAGGGCAAGCAUUGAACGUGAAACGCAAAAUCGUGGAUGGUGCAAUUAUUGCCGGCGCUAUCAACAAGUGAUGAUGCGGAAGACGGUGCAUAGGAUGCCUUUGAUUCUCAUGCUCAACGCAGCUCUUACGAAUCCCAUUUGCCGGCGACUUUGGGCUAUUCCUGGAUGGCUUCCCGAUUCGGUUGGUGUUCUCAUUGAUAACGGCCAGGUUGCUUGUUUCGAAGGAGAUGAACUCCGUCUAAGAAUACAGAGCAACGCGCCUGGACUUGUCGUUUAUGACUUGGUUGGCCUUGUCUCUGAAAUUGACAUUCCAGAGCAUCAGAAACCGCACUUGGUAUCUUUCGUCAAUAUCUCUCUCUCUGAUCGAGAGCCAGCGGAAAAACCGCGAUGGCAUUUAUUCAACGACUUUUUGGUAACUGAAGUGGACCGCGAUGAAGCUCUCCGCUUCACACAGCCUUGGAAGCAACCUUGUGUGUUGGCUUUCCAGGUACGAGACACAAACCACGCUGUUGAUGAUUCAUGGAAGAAAUCUCUUGACACUACGCUCUUGUUCCGUGAGUGGUCAUUGAACGGCGGGCACCAAGUUGAUACAUGCCGUAAUCUAUCCGAAACAGAGAAGCCUCAAACUGGCACUCCCGUGGCCCUAGAUACUGAAUUCGUGGACCUUGAAAAGGCUGAGAUUGAUGUUAAAGCAGAUGGAUCACAGGAAAUGGUGCGGCCGAAUAAGAGUGGGCUUGCCCGAGUUUCCGUUCUCCGGGCUGCAGGCAUUGACGAGGGUGUACCGUUCAUCGACGACUACAUCACUAUCCGGGAGCCAAUCGUCGAUUAUGUGACCCAGUAUUCUGGUAUCAAACCUGGUGACCUGGACCCCCGAACCAGCGAGCACAACUUGGUGCCGUUGAAGGCGGCUUACAAGAAGCUCUGGCUGCUCUUAAACCUUGGCUGUGUUUUUGUUGGCCAUGGAUUGGCCUCUGACUUCCGCAAGAUCAACAUUCAAGUGCCUAAAUCUCAAACUGUCGACACCCAAUACCUCUUCUUCCACCCUGGCAAGAACCGCCGCCUCAGCCUUCGCUAUCUCGCCUGGGCGGUCUUCAAAGAAUACAUCCAAGAAGAGCCCACCACGGACACAAUACAGGGACACGACUCCAUCGAGGACGCUCGCAUGGCCAUGCGUCUCUGGAAGAAGUUCCAAGAGUACGAGGAUGCAGGAAUUUCCGCACAGAUGCUGGAAGAGAUUUUCCGCGAGGGCCAGAAGCUGGGCUUCCGACCUCCUCCUAGGAACGGCACCGCAGCAGUCCUCUCCCGACCCGGUACGGCAAUUACAAUGUCGAACGACAGCGGUCGAAAUACCCCAAGUGCAACAGAUGCAAGCGCCGCCGCCGCUACAUCGGCUGGAAAUGCGGCAGCGGCAAAUGCUGCCCCUACAAGUGCUCCUUCAACACCACGCCAGGCUUUCCGAAGAUCCAUUGCUCUGACCCCCAGCAACGGCAGCUUUUCAGGACCAGGAACGGGUGAUUUUUUUGGUGGUAGCCCCCUUAGAUAG